CUCCUCUCUCCCUCAGAACUACGACUCCCGGCAUGCUGCGCGCGACCGUCGCCAUGGUGACGCACGGAGAGGGCGGAGCCAGGGCAUCUGCCGCGCAGACUCCAAGAUGGCGGCGCGCAAGGGUUCCGGUCGCACGUGUAAAGGGAAGGCUAAGACGCCGAGCAGUCCGCCGCGUGUCUACGUCCCGGGUCGGGGUCCGCCGCUGCAGGAAGACGAGGAGCUGGUGCGGGACCAGGAGGCCUACGUGCUGUACCACCGCGCCCAGACCGGCUCGCCAUGCCUCAGCUUCGACGUGGUCCGGGACCAGCUGGGGGACUCUCGCAGCGACUUCCCCCUGAGCCUGUACUUGUGCGCGGGGACCCAGGCGCCCAGCGCUCAGAGCAAUCGGCUGAUGGUAAUGCGGAUGCACAACCUGCACGGGACCCCCAAAAGGGAGGGCUCUGAGGACAGUGAGAGUGAAAGCGAGGAGGAGGAGGAGGAGGAGAAGAAGCCGCAGCUGGAGCUGGCCAUGGUCCCCCACUACGGAGCCAUUAACCGAGUCCGGGUUGCAUGGCUCGGGGAGACCCCUGUGGCGGGGGUUUGGUCCGAGAAGGGCCAGGUGGAGGUGUUUUCCCUUCGCAGGCCCCUGGAGGCAGUGGAUGACCCCCACGUCCUGGCGGCCUUCCUGAGGGAGGAGCAGGCCCAGACCCGGCCCCUGUUUGCCUUCGCCGGCCACAUGGCCGAGGGCUUUGCCCUGGACUGGUCUCCCCGGCUGCCCGGUCGCCUGCUGACGGGGGAUUGUCAGAAAAACAUUCACCUCUGGACACCCACCGACGGGGGCUCCUGGCACGUGGACCAGCGGCCGUUCGCCGCCCAUUCCCGCUCGGUGGAGGAUCUGCAGUGGUCGCCGACCGAGGACACGGUCUUUGCCUCAUGCUCCGCCGACGCCUCCAUCCGAAUAUGGGACACCCGGGCAGCGCCGAGCCGGGCCUGCAUGCUCACGGCCCCCGCCGCCCACGACGCGGACGUCAACGUCAUCAGCUGGAGCCGGAGGGAGACGUCCUUCCUGCUCAGCGGGGGUGACGAUGGCGCCCUCAAGGUCUGGGAUCUCAGGCAGUUCACGGCCGGCGCCCCCGUGGCCACCUUCAAGCAGCACGUGGCGCCCGUGACCUCCGUGGAGUGGCACCCGCAGGACGGCGGGGUCUUUGCGGCGGCCGGGGCGGACGACCAGCUGACGCAGUGGGAUCUGGCGGUGGAGCGGGACCCGGAGGAGGGCGACACGGAGGAGGCAGACCCCCUGGUGGCCGGGCUCCCCCAGCAGCUGCUCUUUGUGCACCAGGGCGAGACGGACAUCAAGGAGCUGCACUGGCACCCCCAGUGCCCGGGCGUCCUCAUCAGCACGGCCCUGUCGGGGUUCACCGUCUUCCGCACCAUCAGCGUCUGAGCCGGAGGCCCCGGGCCCCCGCGCGGCUCCCCAGCUCCCACGGACUGAGACGGAGCGGGGGGAGGGCGGGGGCCGGGGGCCGGGGAUGGUGCACACGUGAUCAAUAAAGUCAGAGAACGAA